GGGUGGCUGCGGUGGUGAUCCUUUCGAUCGAGCAUUAAACAAAACAAGUGAAUGGUAGAAAAACACUCUGUAGUGCGAAGUGAGAAGUGAUGGAAACCAUUCACUGCAGAGCAGGUUUGAAUUUUGCUGUUCUGCAUCAUAAUUGCGGGCACAAGCUGCUGUGUGUGGUGCAUGAGAAAUGAAUCUCGACUCGCCAUCUUGAUUUUUUCGACUCACUUGUGCUGCCACUAGCCACUAGCCAGUGGUUACGGGGAAGUCAAUUAGAAGUAGGCUAAAUGUGAUUGCAAUUUUUGGAGCCAUUUUCCGCAUCAAAUGGGCCUAAAAUAGAUAGAUUUGUGUUCAAUUUGUGAUAGAGAUCGAUUGUUGCGCAAAGUUUGAUGAAGGUGGUAGUGGUUUUCAAUAAGAAAAGUGGACUAACGAUGGCAUUAUCAACAAGUGGGAAGACAGGGUAUUUAUGGAAGACGGGUGGUUAUUAAAUGGUGGAUUUGAGUUUUUAAUUGCUAACAGUGGUAAUCGCGUUCAUAAGUGCUCUCAUUUGGUUGUUUCCUCCGGCUGUUUGAAAGAGAAUAAUAGGUUGAAUGAACCCGAUGAUCUGCCGAAUCAAUCAUUGAGGUGCGCGAUGCCAAAGCUGAUGGAUAGGUUGUCUAUCUGAGAAUAAGGCACACAAAAUCGAGUAAGCAAGUGUUGAAGUAGAUCAGUUUGGAUCAGCAAAAUUGAUUGACAAAUUGAGGGUAUGACGAAUUCUGGCCAUGCAGUGGUGGUAUGGGAGGUUGAGUCUCACGGUGGCAAAUGGCUUCCAUAUAGUCCUGCCGUGUCACAGCAAUUAGAGCGAGCUUAUGGGAAAAAGCUGACGCGUGUCCUGCUGAGCGAUGCCGACCCAACGUUGGAGCAGUACUAUGUUAAUGUGCGUACUAUGACACAGUGCUGUGAGGAUCAAGAGUUCGCGGUGACCAAUGUUCGCAGACACUUUUAUAAACCAAGCUCCCCCGCUGGAAAAGGAACCAAAUGGGAGUGGUGUGGUUCGUCUGGAAAUGACUGGCACAGCUACACGAUGGAAGUUCAGUGCGUGAUCGAGGAAGCUUGGGCCAGAGGUGAUCAAACAAUUGAUCUUACCAAGACUCAUCUCAAUCUACCGUAUACGAUAAAUUUCCUCAAUCUCACUCAAAUCCGACACCAGAAUGGACCACUUCGAAGCAUUCGACGAAUACAGCAAGCGCCUUACCCGUUAGUUAAAGUUCCAAAUCAUCAGGUCAUCACCACAAAUCUCGUCGUUAGUAAUGGUGGACCAAAUCUUCCGCCGAAACCCAAUCAUUUAGUAAUGACGCCAUCAACUUCCUACGCGACUUCUGCAGUACAACAUCAGCCGCAUCCUCUGAUACAGCAGCAACAACAAAAGCCGCCUCCUUCACAGCUACAGGUGAAAUCCAAAUCACAACCAGUAUUGUGUACAACCACUUCGGCUCAGCAGAAACGGUCAACAAAAGCAUUGAAGAUUAGCAAGCAACUGGAUGUGGCACCGGUUACACCAUCUAAUCUCGCUCGUCAGAUCUUGCACAAUUUGAACAUAUUCGGAACGAAACAUCAGCACCAUCAAGCAGGACAAGAAUACCCCACUGGUCACGGUCACACUGGAUCUAUUCAACAGCAGCUUCAGCAGCAACAGUUCCAACAUUGCACCAAUCAGCAAUCGCUGCGUGGUCAGACCAAAAGCCGAACAAUGGCAUUUCAGCGGCAGCGCAGUAAGUCCCGCAGUCGGGGUGAAUCACUGAUCGAGACCGAUUCGUCCAGUAUAAAUUCUGGACGGAGGCCCAGCGUUGACACCGUAUCCACAUAUCUCAGUCACGAAAGCAAAGACAGUAACAGCCGUAGCAGGAGUAACAACUUAGGAUCCGUUUCGGAUUUGCUGAACUGUUCGAUGGGCAGCGACGAUGUGUUUACCUCGUCACAGCCGAACAUUCCUGGAGCGAUUGUUGGUGUUGAUCCUGCUAGCGAUAUGAUAUCCCGUUUCGUACGGGUCGUAGAACCACCGCAGUGGCCCCACGCUCAACCAUGUCCGAUGUGCAUGGAAGAGUUACGCCAUAAUAACCUCAAUCCGACCGUUUCAUUGUCACGGUGCCAACACUUGAUGCAUCUCAACUGUCUGAAUGAGUUGAUUCUGGCCCAGAAAAAGGAAACUCAGAAGACCCUUUACAUCGAGUGCCCGAUCUGUAUGUCGGUCUAUGGAGAGAAAAAUGGCGACCAACCCCCGGGAACAAUGUCGUGGAUCGUAAUCCCAAGAAGUCUACCGGGACACGAAGGUCAAAACACAAUUCAGAUCACGUAUAACAUCGCAUCUGGCAUCCAGGGCAAAGAACAUCCCCACCCAGGAAGAGCUUUCUUCGCUGUUGGAUUUCCACGAACUUGCUACCUUCCGGACGGGCUGUUGGGGCGGAAAAUCCUGCGCUAUCUGAAGAUAGCGUUCGACCGACGGUUGCUGUUUUCGAUCGGCCGCUCGGCUACUACCGGCCGGGAGGAUGUCGUACUGUGGAAUAGUGUUGAACACAAGACGCAGUACUCGAUGUUUCCGGAUCCGCAGUACAUGCAGCGAUGCAUGCAGCAGCUGGUUCAUCUUGGGGUUACUGAUUAAGAGAAGUGGGUUGAAAGGUUGUGUUUGAUUUUUAUUUUAUCGGAAACGUACUGAAGCGAUAAGACUGUGUUUUGUGGGCAGUUACUCAUGUGAAAAUUUUAGAUGAAGUGAUAAACAGAUAAUUCUUCCGUGAAAAAAAAUGUCUUCCUGUGUUAUAUGACAGAAAAAGUAAUUAUUAGCAAGAUUGAUAAUUUCAUGUAAUCUUCACGUUGAUUAGAAACAGUAGUAAAUAAAAUCAAGCCAACGUUUAGGAUUGAGAAGAAUUUGUGCCAAUAAAAUUCAUCGUCGAAUAGGUAUAUAAUUUACACAGAAACUUAAGAAAAUUUGUUUAAUGAAAAAUAUCUCUUAGAGGUUAUGAUCAUUCUAUCUGCAUUGCUUUUGUAGUAAAAAAUGGCUAUAUUUAGUCUAAUGAGAAUAUAAAUAUUUCUUCCAAUAGUCUGUAGGUUUUUUUUAGUAAAGUUCUCGUUCCAUAUGUACAAAGCGCUAAUGCAUAACUAGAAUUCGUCUAGCAAAAUGAUGAAAUAAGAUUUUUAAUUUAGACUUUAUGUUCCUUCAGAGUUUUUAACGUUGCAUGGAAUUUUUUUUCUC